AUGUUACUUGUUCAUGUGUACGGGCCAAUGGUAACAAAGCUAGCUCAUAAGACAAAUGCAGCUUGUUUCUCAACCAACAUUCGCGUCGUAAACCUUGUGUUACGGCGAACUGGGAAAAAAACUCCUCUUUGA